UCAUCGGGAGACGGGAGACGGGAGACAGGGAGAGUGGAUUACACGACAACCCUCUGUGCCCUGUGCGAUUGUUGACAUUUUUGUUUCAAAUGUCAAUGUAAGUCCAAGUGGUUGAUACUGUCUCCUAUUACGAAUAAUUUUUUCAUCAACGCUUCGAUUUGCGAGAUCGUCGAUUGGUAGUCACUACUAUACUCGUAUCUGAUAUUAUGAGCUCGUCAAUAUCCAUGAGCAAUGCUGGAUCACCGACCACUGCCACUGGUAUGGAGACAGUGGUCGCAGUUGCAUUGGGUGCAUUAGCUGCGGUCUUCCUUGGUGCACUCUUGGUACUCUUGGUUAUCUGUCGCAGGCAGCGUUGCUACUAUAAUCAAAAGGACUCUGCGGAAUUAAGUUCCGAUCUACUCGAAGGAGAGAACAUCACUGGCUUGGGACUGGAUGUAUGGGAGAGCGAAGAGUGGCUGGCAGGUGCUGAAAGAUGGGUAGAUGAUGCUACUGGCUUGGCUCCACCUUGUAUAGCAGUGCUUCGUUCUUGCCAUGCUCUUGCAGCCAGUCUUACCACUAUUGCUGGAACUGUCAAUAGUAACACUGUCCCACUGGAAAUAGUAGAUGUUGCCCGACGUAUACCGCCUCGUGUAGACGAUGUUGUCCGCAGUCUGUAUCCACCAUUGGAUGCCAGGCUGCUAGAGGCCAGAGUGGCAGCUCUGGUAUUGGCUGUGACUCACUUGGCGUUAGUAACCAAGCAUGGCGUACCAAAGAGUCAAGUCAGGAAAUUAGCAUUCAUUGAUCAAGCCUUAAACGACAUGGACACGCAUCUGUUGGUCUUGAGAAAUGCAGCAUUAGCUCAAGAAGUUGCUUGCUCCAUCCCAGCCUCUACGCCAGUUUGAGUGUAUAUCUCUUUCACAGUGGAAUCAAAUCUUUCUUUCGCACAGAAUUGGUAAUUUCCAGUUAUCUAUCUUUUUCUUUGAUAUCUAUUUUUAUCUUUCCAUGGCUUUGGGUUAAUUGUCGUCGUCACGCGGUAGCAACGAAAGUUAUACAUAAUGUAAUAAUACAAUUGCUAGAUUCACAAAUGUAGUGUAUACAUUAAAGGAUUAUAUAUAGGAACGUUUCGGGCGACAAAUACAUAAAUAUAGAUCAUCGUUGAUCUCAAAGUAUAAAACUGAAAUUAAUAGAAGUUCAUAUUUACUGACGAAAAUUCAUCAGUGUUUUAUAUCGAAAGUAUCAUAAAGAAUAUAUUUUAAUAUCGUUUAAAACGCGAUUUACUAAGAAUCGAUAUUUUGCAAUAUGCAGAAAUAUAUGUGGAAACAAUGUGUCUUCCAUAUGUUAUAUUAUCAUAUAUAGUUAUUUAUAUACGUAUACAGAUAAAAAUGUAUUUUAGGACUAUAUAAUCGAUCGUACCUGCGUAUGUUUGUACAUGUUACAAUAUUUUAUAUUCUUGAAGAGAAUCAAAUUAUUUUAUAGACUGAUAAGAAUUUUUAAUAAAGAAUUUAAUCAUAAAAGAAA